AUGAGUCACCGCAUCACCAAGGAAGCGAUCGACGAAGCUGUGCACAAGGUGUUGUCGCCGCAGAAGCCGCGCAAUUUCCUGGAGACGAUCGAAAUGCAGAUUUCGCUGAAAGACAUCGACGUGCUGCGCGACAAACGCUUCAACUCGAGCGUCCGGCUGAAGCACGUGAUCAAGCCCUCGCGCAAGAUCUGCGUGCUCGGCGACGACGCGCUGUGCGAAGAGUCUGCGCGGCUGGGCAUCGCCUCGAUGAACCGCAAGGAGAUCGAGAGCUACAACAAGGACGCGAAGCGCGUCAAGAAGACCGCGCAGAAAUUCAACAACUUCCUCGCGCCCGCCUCGAUCAUCACGCUGAUUCCCCGCUACUUCGGACCGGGGCUGAACCGCGCGGGCAAGUUCCCCACGGUGAUUGCGCCGAACGAGAAGCUGGCGGACAAGGUCGAAGACCUCAUGUGCACUGCCAAGUUUCAGCUGAAGAAGACUCUAUGUUUGGGAGUUGCCAUCGGCAACGCAAAGAUGACUGAGGAAGAGCUCAAGGAAAACUUUUUGACGUCUAUCAACUUCUUGGCGUCGAUUCUCAAGAAGAAUUGGAACAACAUCGCGGGCAUUGUGCUGAAGUCCACGAUGGGCAAGCCGCAUCGAGUGCUUUAG